AUGUGGGACCGUCAGAGAGACUGCGCGGCCGGCCCAGGCAGCUCUCGAGGCACAGGCACAGACAGGGCUGCUGCUAGCGACUCCGUUAGUGGCUCUGUUAGCGGUCCGCACCAUUCUUCAGUGCCCACAUCGCUCUUUAGCUCCCGCCGUCGCCCUGCUACUGCUGCUGCUGUUGCCUCGUGGAAAGCGGCCUCUGCUAAUAAUAACUUUCGCCUCGUUCGCCGCAAUUCCAACCCCAAGGCAUACUCGCUCUCAUCUUCCCGCUCACGCUCCCAGCUCGACCUCGACUUUGACAUUGAUCAUCCCCUCAGUGCCUUUGGCAUCACCACAGACGUUACGCACAAAUAUCGCAUCCUCAACGGCAAAACCGUUCCCCAGUCUCUUUACCCAGAAGACUCAUAUACCUCCCGCCGCGCCUAUCCCACCAGUCCUCCAUCCUCUCCGGACCUGAAGCCUCCCCCUCGCAACCCUCGCCGUCUCCAGCAGCGUCGCUACCAGACUGCCUUUGCUCCCGUUCGCUCUCGGACAUCCUCUCUCUACAGCGCCGACGACAGCGAUCCCGGCCACGACGCCUCGUCCAGCACCAUCUGCCGCGGUCCGGACGCCCUCGCAAUGGCGCAACCGUUGGCUGUCGAACCAGUCUCCCCUCCCAGCUCACCAGAGAUCGCCGCCUGGCGCGCAGCCCCGCACGCUGGAAAUGUUUCGCCUAUCGACGAGGACUCGGACGCCUCGCUUGACCAUUAUGUACGGGCCAUUAAAGGAAACCCGCGAGGACCAGCGCUACCUGCCGAUGGUCUGCGCUACAGCCAGAUUCACGUCGCUCAGCGCGACCUUCCGCCGGCGCCUCGUCAGGGACACUUUCGCGCCCAGGGCAUAGACCAAGCACCCGCAUACCAGCAACCGCCGGCACAAAGAAAGCCCGUAACUGACGAAAACGUGUCCUGGCGCCCUCAGUCACAGCCACAAAGGAAUGCAGCUGGUAAUGCAGCUGGUGGUUUGGUACAUAAACCGCCCCAGCACGCCAUGAUUCCCGAGCGAGACUCUUCCUUUGGUUUGCGUUCAAAACAGGCCGGUAGACACGCCAUGCCACUCGAUGUCAGACCGCCAUGGCACGGUGCCAGUGGUCGCGAGAAACAAUUGAGUGCGCUACGAGACGAUUCAAACGUUGCGCCGCUUUCUCUACCGACCAAGACUGGCAAACGAACCGCCGCCAAGGGCGACAGCCGCUUCCGCGCUCGACUCUCCCACAUCGGAAGCCCCCCCGCGGAGGGAGCCAGCGGCCCUGGUGCGGCCAUGCGCAAACUCAUCUCUUCGAGAGCGCACAAAAAUGUUAGCAGUCUUGCCACGCAGUCUCCUCGCGACCAGUUCAACAUGGAUGCCGACCAACACGUCUCUAACCCAUAUCCUUCUCCACCCUACCAGGAACAGAACAAAAUGACAUCGGCAACACCCCAGCCGCAGCAUACUAUCAGACGCAAGCCACCGCCGGGCGCACAUAUCGAUCGGAAUAGCAACCAUGCACAUCCUCUAGCCUCUAGCCCUGUCAACGACAAUGAACUCCCGAAACCGCCUACACCUGAGAGCCCGACUGCCCCGCACCGCGCGCGGGGCGACGCUUUGACGCAACCCGGUUCACGAUUCAGUACGACAACUUACGCCACAACCAUAGGUGGCGUGACCUCUAUUGAAAACUCCCCCGCUAUCGGUAUUGGGCCACCGAGCUUGCCUAGGUUUAUCUCGGGAGGACCAGUGGCUAGGAACGAACACAUGCGCUCCGUCUCGGAUGCCCCCUCUGCUAUGCGAAGUGCCAUGGCUUCCAGACCCGAUUCUUCUGCCUCGAAUGGGACGGCGCGUACCUCCGGGGUCUUUGCACCUGAGCGCGGCGCUGCCACGCCGCGGCGAGCCUCGCUCUCGUCUGUGGACAAGCCGCUGCCACCGGCACCGCCCGAGGUUUUGGCCCACCACAAAAACGACAAGCUUGCCCAUCUCACGGCGCAGCUCGAUGGUUUGCGCAACCGACGACUCAACAUUAAACGAUGCGUCGAGCAAAUGACAGUCCUCAUCCCCAUGGACAACCUCCUCGACAGCGAUGAGGUGCAGAAGAAGCGAGGAUCGGAACGGAAAAAGGUGGAUGCCCUCCGAGCCGAGUUGGAUCAAGUGCAACAGGAAGAACACGAAGUCGGUCUGAGACUCCACCGCGCCUACAAGCGGGAGGACAAGAAUGCAGUGUAUGAACCGACGACUCUAUGGGUCAGGCGCGUCGCUGGCUAG